AGCAGGAGGCGCUCCUUGCAGUCAGAAGGAUGCUGCUCUGACAUGCGGACCCUCCACGAUCCUGACCGCGACGCUACCGGCUUCUACCUGACCGCCUGACCGCAGAUCAGCCAGCUGAAAGUCCCGGGGAGCUCGCCUUCGCUUUUCUUGAGUUGCUUUUCCUCUGGACCGGGUUUUGUCGCCAUGCCACCGGCCGCCUGCUCGGUCGGGUACCGACUCCGCUGCAUCUUGCCCGCGGCGCUGUGGAUCGGGCUGCUGUGGGGCAGCGUCUCAAUAGCAGAUAAAGAAGUCCCCACAGCCCCGCCCUCUGCCCUGUCUCCAGUGUUGCCAUCAGGGAGCACAAAUGAAGGCAACCCCAAAGGCAAAAGCUCCAGUGCUGUAGCUGGAGGUUUGCUACAUUCAGUGCUGGCUCAAAAAGGACAGCUCCUCUCCCAGAAAGGGGACAUCCUCCCCUCUGCUCUGCCCCAGAACCUGCUCCCUCUUCUGGGCAGAGGACUCACUGUCAGCUCCCUCCCAGGAAGUCAUACCCAGGAGCAUCAAAGCAGGGGAUUACUGAGGCGGGUAAACUCACCAGCACUAACUGCAGUGUCGGGCCAAGGCAGUAGUCCAACACAGCCUCUUCCUACAGACACGCAUUCUCAGCUGCCUCAUACAGAGACACACAUCCCUGAGCAGGAGGCUGAGAGCAUCACCACGGGCAUGAUGCUGGACCUGGACGCAGAGAUAGAAUCAUCUUCAUCAGCCCCAUCCAGCUGCAUGUUGAAUUUUACUGACCCAGAAGGAUACAUAGACUCCUCCGAUGAUCCUCCUCUUCCAGAUGGCACCUUCCUGCGCUGCACCUACACUGUGACUGUGUACACUGGCUAUGGAGUGGAGCUGCAGGUAAAGAGCGUGAACCUUUCAGAUGGUGAGCAGCUGUCUAUCACAGGUGUCGAUGAACGAGGUUCUCUGCUGGUCUUGGCCAAUCAUACACUGCUCGUUGAAGGUCAGGUGAUCCGCAGUCCCACCAACACGCUCUCUGUCUACUAUCGCUCUGGACCAGAGGGAAGCAUGGGCAUCUUCCAGCUGCACUAUCAAAUCUUCAGGCUGAGCUGCUCCCUGCCAAAAAGGCCUCAUUUUGGGGAGGUGUCGGUCCUGGACCUGCUUCCUGGAGGUACUGCCCGCUUUCACUGUCACAUGGGUUACCACCUGCAAGGGGAACCAAUGCUUACCUGCCUCAAUGCCUCGCUGCCAAUUUGGAGUGGCAAGGAGCCCAUGUGCAGGGCUCUCUGUGGGGGCACAGUGAAGAAUGCUACAGUGGGGAGGGUGCUCUCUCCUUCUCCCCACCACGGGCCUAAUGCCACUUUGGACCGCUCCUGCUCCUGGUCCCUUGAGGCACCCAAAGACCAGAGGCUGCAUCUCCACCUGGAGAGACUGGCCUUGGGACCGAGUGACAGGCUGGUGUUGUGGAGCGGGCUGGACGCCGGCUCUGUGGUGCUGUUUGAUUCAGGUCGGGGGGGUCAGAUACCCUUCGAAGGAGUGAUCAGCGAGGGUCCGGCUGUAAGGAUCCAGUUCAUCACGGAUCAGCCCAACCACAACACGGGAUUCAACAUCCGCUAUGAAGCUUUCGAGCGCGGCCACUGCUACGAGCCAUAUCUCCAGAACGGAAACUUCACAACCUCCGACCCGCUGUACGGAGUUGGAGCAGUGGUUCAGUUUACCUGUGAUCCAGGCCACGCCUUAGAACAAGGUCCCCCUGUGAUUGAGUGCAUCAGUGCCAGAGAUCCAUACUGGAAUGACACCGAGCCACUGUGCAAAGCGCAGUGUGGAGGUGACUUGUCUGGUCCAGGAGGGGUGAUUCUGUCUCCAAACUGGCCAGAGUGGUAUGGAGAGGGAGAGGACUGCAGCUGGAGGAUACACGUCGGCGAGGACAAGCGGGUGCUGCUUGAUGUACAACUACUGAACAUCAGUGACAGUGACAUGCUGACCAUCACUGACGGAGAUGAGAUCACAACUCGCAUUCUGGGGAGCUAUGUCGGAGGCAGCAGCCCCUUCAAGCUCUCCUCCACCACCCCUGACCUGACUGUGACCUUCCACUCCGAUCCAGCGGGGCUUGUCUUCGGCAAGGGGGAAGGCUUUAUCAUCAACUAUAUAGAGGUGUCUCGAAACGACUCUUGUCCAGAUCUGCCUGAGAUCCAGAAUGGCUGGAAGACGACAUCCCAUGUUGCACUGGUGAGAGGGGCCCGUAUAACCUACCAGUGUGAUCCCGGCUAUGACCUGGUGGGACGAGAGACCCUCGUCUGUCAGCUGGACCUUUCCUGGAGCUCACAGCCCCCCUUCUGUGAAAAAAUCAUGUACUGUUCAGAUCCUGGCCACGUUGAGCACGCCACCAGAUCCCUGUCUGACCCGAAACUCCUGGUGGGGACCACCAUUCAGUAUAGCUGCAACCCCGGUUUCAUUCUGCAGGGCGGCGCCACGAUCACAUGCUACGGACGCGAGCCGGGAACACCUGUGUGGACGUCCCGUCUGCCUCACUGUGUUUCUGAAGAUUCUGUUUCCUGUGAGAACCCCGGUCUCCCUGACAACGGCUACCAGAUCCUGUCCAAGAGACUCUACCUGCCUGGCGAGUCCCUCACCUUUGUCUGUUACCAAGGUUACGAGCUCAUAGGAGAGGUUGCAAUUAAAUGCAUCCUUGGAAAUCCAUCAUUUUGGAGCGGCCCACUUCCACUCUGCAGGGCCAACCAUGACUGCUUUGGCAACCAUGCUUUGGAAGUUGCAGAAGCGACUGCAGGUUCGCCUUUGGAUGGAGGAAACAUAGCGCUGGCCAUCUUCAUCCUCAUUCUGUUGCUGUCUGUGCUGCUGGGAGGGGUGUACGUCUAUGUCACACGGUGCCGAUAUAACUCCAACCUAAGGCUGCCUCUCAUCUACCCCCACCCUUAUCGACAGAUCACUGUGGAGACAGAGUUUGACAACCCGCUCUAUGAAACGGGGGGACAGGACACUCGCGAGUAUGAAGUAUCGAUAUGAGGAGCCUCUCAAAAGGCAUUUGUGAAGCGUGACAAGACUGACCGCCCCGACCUAACUCUUCAUCCUCCCCUCUCUCGCUUCUCCACCCAGGAGGAGGCGAUGUAAAUACAAAUAAUGAUGUCCGGCCCCUUCUACACUGAUGGAUCCUGUUCUCUCCUUCUCUGAUGUGACAGCUUUUGUAGACAUUAUGGGAAACACAAGAGGAUGCUUGGACCAAAGAGGAGACGCGUGAUCGAUAGUCAGUGACUGACCAGUCCCGCUGCCCAGGAGAGGUUAGGUGAUGGAGAACGGAGGGAAAAGGCCCGAAGCACAUCCCAGAACAUCAAUCAUGAUCCGUUUUCACACAUGUGCUGCAGUUCUUAACUUUUAUAGAUAUCACCCAGCAGAGGUCUGACAGCUGGAUUGGACGUUAACUUGCCAACUACCUGGUCCAUGUGAUGGUGUGAUGUGCACAUAGCACAGGUAGAUGCAUGAGUGGGUGCCAUAUGCGCUGCCUAAUACACGCUGCAUACAGGCAGCUUUCUCACCUAGACCACAUCUCCGUUUCCAGAAAUGCAAGCACAUCUGAAGUGAAGCAGUUCUUGUUGUGUGUAACAUGUGAGAAAGGAAAAAUGUGGAAAAUAUUUUGACUUGGUUCUCGUAAAAAUUGUCUGAAAUCAUGUGUGAAAACGGCUAAGGUGGGAAAUGAGAGAUGUUAAGGAGGAGACAAGGGAAGGAGGCAGGGUCAGCACAUGAGAGAAAUGAUCAAAGCACUUUUUAGGAUUUUUUUUGCUUGAUUUAAAAGACAUAAAGGUGAAGUUAUAGUCCUUAAGAUUUUUAUCAAACCCAUUUUUGAUACUAUUUAUGAUCUUUUUCCUGCAAUUCUGUAAUAUACAUUAAUUAACAGUUCCAGACAUGAUUUCAAUUGUAUUCACACAAAGAAGGCUUCUUUGAUCAGCACGGUACUGUCUCAUUAGUCAAGUGUCUGGUUAAAUGUUGAGGAAACUUACAGGUUAUAGAGGUCAGCAGCUUUGUUUGGUGCCAUGAAAUCAGAGGAAGAGUUUUUUUAUGCUUUUAAUGUGAAAAAACAACAAAAGUUAUUUUUCAGAAUUUUGUGACUAUUAAGAUUUAAAUAAUUUAAGCUUAAUGUUCACGUUUGUCUUACAUGCACUGAGACGUUCGGACCUGCUGUUGAGUCAGUUUCACUCUGAACUCCAGUUUUAAAAAAGUGAGACUUUUGGGAAACAGCAAAGCACAGACUCAUGUCUCAGCUUACAUAUUUCAGUCGUGCAGGUCUCUCUUUCAUUCUUCUUUUCCUAUUGCAGCAGCUUCCUCUGGAAAUGGAUAAUGCUAAUAUUGCAACUCUAAAUAAGUCAGUACAAUUAAAUUUCAGUGAACUCCAGUCUAUGUUUCAGCCACCAUGACUGAACUGUACUUGUGUGCUACUUUAAGUGUCAGUUCAUGCCCGUGCACACGGUCAGUGUUGAGGUGAUAUGCAGGCGUGUUUGUGCAGAUGCAGCAUUUCAAAAUGAAAAUGUUUCAUUGUGGCCGUCGCUGUAAUGUACCUGUUAUGUAGCUGUAAGCUAGCUCUCUAGUACGUGUCUGUUUCUUAAGAUCAGCCUCUGACUGAGCUCAGAGCGCCACAGAAGCUCCAAGAAACAUAUUUAUGUUAUUUCCCUGAAAUCUUUCUCCUUUUUUCUUCUCUGUGUGUUCGAGAUUCAGGAACCUCUCAGACACAGUGGGCCCCAAAAGUAAAGAAAAAUACACAUAAAUCCUUCUUUAAAGUUUGUAAUUUCUUAAUUAUUACUGAUUGUGAAUCUGGAGAUUCACAAUCAGUAAUAAGAAAAUCUAAUUGUGGUUGUGGCCUGUCUCAGGUAUACCAGACCAUAAUGUUAUAUUUAGUUAAUAUGACAUUAUGGCCUUUUUUGGAAGCAUUUUUGAACGAGUUAUCUGAGUUAUAAUAUGACCUGCUGUGUGAUACACACAAUCCAUGAAGUGUGCACAGUUUCAGUAAAAGUCUUGUAUAUUAUUAAUCUGUUACUGUGUCUUUAGCCUGUACUCAUAUAGGUAAAAAUGCAGCUUGCAAAACAAGCUCACCAGCAUUAAAAAUUAUUUUCUGGCCUCACUUAACACGUCUGUGCUCCGGUUAAAGCUGCUGCUACCACGACAAACACAGGUGUCGUUAAAUCACCCCAGACUGAAAUCUUAAGGAUUACAACUUUGAUCAAACAUGUCAUAAAGAGCGCUGGAGGUGGGUUCAGUUCCAUCCACACUCAUGAGUCAUCUUAUCUUUCCAUAAACUGAUAAUAAUCAGAAGUAAAUAAAGGUCAGUGCUUUCUUUUAUUUGUCAGUCUGACACAGGAAACUCCCCAAACUCCCACCUGCCUGCAGUCACGUUAAAGGAUUUUUGCUCCAGCCAGUCGAGUUCUGGCUUUAGCUGUAGUUCAGCAGUAUUUAAAGGGCCAGUGCAGUACUGUUGUUAUAUUUCUCUCACCUGUAGUUAGAUGGAUGGAUUGUCACAGGCUGGCCUCAGUGUCUCUGGGUCUGGACUGGCGGUGUGAAUAGUGUAGCUGUAGUUAACCGAUCAGUCUUUGAGUACAAGCUCAAUCAACCCACAGAUGAUGUAUUUAUUUUGAUGUACUGUACAUGUGACGUUUUAUGCAGAUGGAUAAAUGUACAUUUUCAUUAUGAGAAGACA